AUGAUCCCAGAGGAAGUCAUAUUACAAGAUCCUCAAUUCAAAGAAUCGCGGCUGGAUUCUUUGUACUCAAACUUCAAUCAUUUGAAGGAGAAUCCAGAGGGACUCGAAGCCAAUGUAACAGCGUGGAAGUCACUCCUGUUGGACGCGAGAAAGAAAUGUCCGGAUCAUUUCAAAGAUAAAGUUGCCUUUGACUCAGAUAGUCUGGCGGAGCAAUUUUCGCUACCCUCAAAAGGCCUGGUUCCUAAGGGCCUAAACAAGGUAAUUGACCAGCUAGUGCAAGAGAGAGUUCUUGUGCCAUACUCGCAGUUUCAGCAAGACAAAGGUUUGCUGGGACGCGUUGUGGGGUGGAUGUUUGGCCCGCGCUAUCAGAGCGGCAACGACGAUUCUGGACAGCUCAGGAAAGGUGAACGCUUUGUGAUAAGCUCGGAACUGUCAAAAUGGAGUCGUGAGUUAGGUUUGUAUCUGAGCAAUAACUCGCCGCUGGUGAAGGACCAUCUGGUUGAUCUCGCGUCCAAAGAUCUAAGUCUCUCGCGGUUUGAUGUUGAAUGUUGUCUAACAAGUCUUGAGCGAGAACACAAGGUGGCGAUAGAAGGCGAUGUGGUGCGCGUUUUGGACGAGACCCAACAAGAAGUGCAACUCUCACCUGAGCAGGUGGAAUCUAUUGCAACUUUGAAAUACUCUAUUUACAAAAUGACCCAGUACAACGACGAGACAGAAAAAAGGGUCCAUGAGCUGGAGGCACGUGUGCGCGAAUACGUGAAGAAGAACCAAAUGAUCAGGGCCAGAUCUGAGCUCAAAAUACAGAAAGCUUUGUCUGCAAAGCUGCAAAAAUCCACCCAAGGACUUGAGAAUUUGGUGCUGUUGCUCUACAAAAUUGAAGAGAACAAUAACAACAUGCUGGUAGUGAAGACUCUGGAGUCCAACUCAAAGAUUUUGAAGAGCAUGAAUGAACAGGUUGGAGACAUUGCCUCGGUUGUUCAAGAGGUUCGCGAAGAGUGGGGCAAAAUGGACGAAUUGAGCGAGCAUCUUGGCGCCAUGACUACGGACGACAGUUCGAUCGACGAGGAACUGCAGUUGCUGGAGAAAGAGGAGAAACAGAAGGUAGAAAAGGAAAGAGAGAAGUCCGCGGAGCCAGAGCCACAAAAGGAGGUCGAAGAGCCGGCCAUUGUGGACGAUGCCGAAGCGGACUCAGUGCUUCUCGAGCGGUUCAACAAAUUAAAGCUACCCGCCAAAGACAGCGAGGAAGAAAAGCUAGAGAAUCCAUUGCCUGCGUGA